UUACUCCUUACAGUCAUUUCUAAUAAUUUAUCCCUUUCAGCUGCUCGGGUGUGUCAUUUUGCUAAGCAUGGAUCAGAGGUUGAAGGAUGCAGCUCAAUCAGGAGAUAUUUAUGGCUUGUGUCUUCUAAUCCAGGAAGAUGCAACUGUUUUUGAGGAGGUUCAGCAAGUAGGAGAUAUUCGUCAAAAGCUGAAGGAGGCCUCUCAAGCAGGAGAUAACGAUGGUUUUUAUCGUCUAAUCCGAGAAAAUUUCAAUGUUCUGCAGGCGGCUCAAGUACGAGAAAUUGAUCGGAGGAUGAAGCAGGCCGCUCAAGUAGGAGAUAUUGAUGCCCUUUAUGCUUUAAUUCGUGAUGAUAGGCGAGUUUUGGAACGUAUAAAUGAGGAACCAUUCAUUGAUACUCCAUUACACAUAGCUGCAUCAGCAGGGCACAUUGAAUUUGCGAUGGAGAUUGUGAACUUGAAGGCUUCGUUUGCUAGGAAGCUAAACCAAGAUGGCUUUAGCCCAAUGCAUCUGGCUUUACAACAUAACAAAACCCUCAUGGUGCUUUGGCUCCUAGAUAUGGAUGAAGGCCUCCUCCGUGUCAAAGGAAGAAGAGGCAUGACUCCUUUGCAUUAUGCAACUGAACAAGGGAAUGUUUCAAUUUUAAAGGAGUUCUUUGAAGCUUGCCCUGAAUCCAUUAAAGAUGUGACCUUUGAAGGCGACACUGCUUUUCAUAUUGCAGUAAAGAACAACCAGAUAGAAGCUUUUCAGGUUCUAAUGGGAUGGCUUAAAAGGUCUAUAUUCGUAGAUGCAGGAAUUUGGGAAAUAGAACUCCUGAAUUGGAAGAACAAGGAAGGCAACACUGUACUACAUAUUGCUGCUUCUAGAAAUCAACGACAGGUAGUAAAACAAUUGAUCGAAACGUUUGUAUAUAGCGACAUAAAGAAUAUGAAUGGUUUGACGGCGAUGGACAUCCUACAAGGCCAAGCUCAAUUCAGCGAUAGAGAACUAAGUAAAAUGCAACAACUUCCCCCUUAUGGAUUUCGCACUGGUACAGGCCGCACUGAGAACUUGAAGAGGAAGCUCUCGUUCAUUGGCGCAUGGGCAAUAGGUUCAGCUCGUCGGAUAAAGAGGAUACCGAGCGAACGGCGCAAUGCACGACUAGUGGUUGAUGCUCUUAUAGCAACAAUCACAUAUCAGGCAGCACUAAGCCCACCUGGUGGCGUUUGGCAGGGAACUGCUGACAUCAAUUCACAUCUCCCAAACAUACUUCGUGUGGAUACCUCUGCCACUAUCACUAUUCUCAGUGAAGCAAAUCCAUCACGUUAUGUGGGUUCUAGUGUUAUGGACUCUCGCACUUUCUUGCUAUUCUGGUUUGCAAAUACUGCUGUCUUUGUGCUAACAAUUCUACGGAUGAUGAGAGUUGGGGUCCCAAGAGACCGUGCGGCUUUGUUGACACGAUCGGUGAUGCUGUUGUUUUCUUGCUACACGUUUUCAAUGUCGGUCAUAUCACCAACUAAAGCAUGGUCCAAUUUUAAUCUGAUUUUGUUUUUAGCAGUUGUACUGCCAUUUUUUUUGGUUCGAUUGCUCAGGUGCUUUCUUCGUGGUCGCGGACAUAUGGGCCUUAACAGUGGAUGGAGGAGACGACGCGUGCAUAUACACAUAAGAGAAGAAUGGUGGUAAUAGAUAUAGUAUCAUACUGAAGCAUGGAUUAAUUCUAUGUUCAUUAUCGUUGACAAUCACCUAUUGUUAUCUGUGGUGGCAGACAAAGCAAACAAGAUCACAUUUUCUAGAAAACUGUAGCAGUUGCUUUCUUUUGAUGCAUACUGAUGGAUUAAAGAUUAAAGAUAGAUGCUUUACCCUUUUUCCAUGGAGGCUUUGCCUGCUCUUUAAGGGGAAGCUGUGGCCUUUAAUACUGCCAUAAGCUUCAUUACUACUAAAGGAAUAUAAAGUAAGUUUACCGCAGUGGCUACAUUGAUAAUAGCCUUAGUAGCAUUUUAAAGCCCAUCAAGAUUCCAGUCCAUAGGCUCCUGCUAUACCAAAAGUUUUUACAUGAUAUAAUUAAUUUUAUAUCUCUCACUUUGGUUUUACACUCCCUCUCUCUUAAUAGCUCUCUCCCUCCAUCUUUAUCUCUUAAAUUCUCAUCCAUUCACUUAUAGAUUAUUCACCUCUAGCAUUUGCCAUGACCAUAUCAAGGA